AUGUUGCGCCCAUCCUUUGGUACUGGUGUUUUUCUCAUCAAACAGUCCACAAUGCCGAAAAGGAAAGUGAAUGUGAAGGCUGAUUUCUUCGAAUCAAAGAAAAAGAAAGCUUCUCAAGAAGUAGUCGAUAGUGAGUCUUCGAAGGAAGAUGGAGUUCGUGGUGACGAGAAUGAGCGUUCGUGGAAGAUCUUGUCAUGGAAUGUUGCAGGACUAAGAGCUCUAGGCAAGAAAGGAGCUCACAAAUCGAUUGUUUCUGAAUCUGCCGAUCUGGUAUUUCUAGGAGAGAUCAAGUGCACUGAGUGGCCGGUAGAUCUUGAAACUGAUUUUAAGGCCUAUCACAAGACACUUGCUGUAUCGCAAGAGAAGAAAGGUGGCUACGCUGGAGUGGGUUUGCUCAGCAAAAUCAAACCGCUGAAGGUAUGGAAAGGAAUAGGUAACUCUGCAUUCGAUACCGAAGGUAGACUGAUAAUCGCUGAAUUCACACGCUUCUUUUUCAUUGGGGCAUAUGUUCCCAAUAGUGGACGUGGUCUCGUAAACCUUGAGAAGCGUGGCAAGUGGGAAGAGCUUUUUCUCGAGAAGAUCAAGGACCUCGAUGAACAGAAGCCUAUAAUCUAUGCCGGUGAUCUAAACGUCGCUCACAAUGAAAUUGAUCUUGCAAAUCCGGACUCGAAUAGAAACAAAACUGCUGGCUUCACUGAUCAAGAACGAGGCUGGUUCUCCAGGCUUCUGGAAGCGGGAUUCAAAGAUACAUAUCGUGAAUUACACGGAGAUAAGCAAGAGUACACUUUCUGGUCCUACAUGGGGAAUGCUCGUUCUAAGAACAUUGGUUGGCGACUCGAUUACUACGUGGUUAGCAACAGAGUCUUCGAGAAGGUAAAAUCUAGUGAAAUCCUCACUAAGGUUAUGGGCAGCGAUCACGCUCCAGUUGUUCUUGAAAUCGAUAUCUAA